AUGGAAAGUAAUGAUCUGAAGUGUGAACUUAAGAUCCAAAUCAAAUCCUGUGUCACUAACACCCCUGUGUUAUUAAAUGUAUUUGACUAGUACUGGAUAAAUGAAUACACCUCCACGUUGGGGAUUGGUGUCUUCCACUCCGGCAUCGAGAUCUACGGCAGAGAGUUUGCCUAUGGAGGGCAUCCCUACCCUUUCAGUGGGAUUUUCGAGAUCACACCUGGCAGUGCGGUAGAACUUGGCGAGACCUUUAAAUUCAAAGAAUCCAUUGCCUUGGGCACCACAGAUUUCACAGAAGAGGAUGUGGAUAAAAUAAUGGAAGAGCUGGGCAAGGAGUACAAAGGCAACGCAUACCAUCUGAUGCACAAGAACUGCAAUCACUUCUCUGCUGCUCUUGCUGAGAUCCUAUGUGGGAAAGAGAUCCCUCGCUGGGUAAACCGCCUGGCCUACUUCAGCUCGUGCAUCCCCUUCCUCCAGAGCUGCCUCCCCAAGGAGUGGCUGACCCCAGCAGCCCUGCAGAGUCACAUCAGCCUCGGCCUCCACAAGGAGGAGCAGGGGGACACAACAGACGAGGAGUCUCCCUCCACCUCUGCAACCCCCUCAGCCUCAGGCACCUCGCGAACCUGUAGACAUACUCGAGUCUAAGUUGUGCCCAGCA